AUGGGUGAGCUUGUAAAUGCUGCAAGAACAUUAGGUGAAACAGGAAAUUUUGUAGAUGGUUUUAAAAGACUUGUUUCAAAUGUUUUAACAAACACAAAGAAAUUAUUUAGAUAUACCAUACAUAACGGUCAGAUUUUCGAACAGAUAGCAACAAACCCUCCGGUUAUGGCUGCGUUGAUGAUGGUUAGAGAUAUAAAACCACGUAACGACGGGAACGAAGAACAUGAACAACAGGAUACUGGUCGGGUUAUUCGAGACAUUAAAAACGUGUAUCCUGAAGUUAUUGAUUUAUUUAGAGGAGUUAAUGAUUCAAUUUCAAAACAUUCUAUAACCCUCGAUGAAGAGAAUAAAUUAACAGAUUAUAUAUUCGUCAUUAUUGCAGAAUUAAUGAAGAGAAUAAAUGAAAAAGGAAUUGGUGAUAUCAUUAAUGUCAGCGAUGUAAUGAUGAAAAGAAAUUUUGACUCAUUAUUUACAAAACCGAAAACAGAAUAUAGUCUUUAUGACGUAAUUACCGAAUUAAUGAAAAAGAUUAAUGAUAAUAAGAGUUCUGGCGGAAGAGUUGAAUUAGAAGUGAAUGAUGUUAAUGAGAAAUUAGCCGAAAAAGCAGACAAAAAUGAGCUUUUAGCUCUGAGUGAUAAAGUCAAGAACCACGUUCAUUAUAUAACUUCAGACGAACAGAUUAUAACGGACUACCAUGGAUAUUUAACACGAAGUGAUGAAGUGAAGACGGAAGACCCCAAUGAAAGAAGAUAUAAAUACAUUCGUGCUAAAGGUUAUGACAUACACUGUACUGUACAGUAUGACACGGGUAAAGCACCAGAAGCAUUUAGUUAUAACGAUGAAAUUUAUGCCUCUACUUUCUCUGUUAAAGGUGUAUUAGUUGAACCAAGAUUUACUUUGAGAGUUAAGUCAAAAAUAACGUUUGAAGAUGCUAUUAAAAGUAAAGCUGACAAAGUUGAACUCGAAGCAAUGAACAAAGUUUUGAAAUCUCAUAAACACAACAUCUCCGAUAUAAAUGAACUUCAAGCUACAUUAGACAGUAAAGCCGACAAGAACCAUACACAUAAAUCCUUCACUACUGUUAGAGCUGAUGACAUAAUACUGAACUUUGACCUUGGUUCAAGUGCACCUUUAGAGAAUCCAAGUACAAGCGUAAAAGAUACACUAAACAAUUUAGAUAACAGUUGCAGGAAUAUCGAAGAUCAUGCCAGAAACUUUGAAGCAUACGAACUACCAGCAAUGUUAGAUAAGAAAGCCGACAAAACUUAUGUAGAUGAAAAUUAUGCAAAGAAGUCGGAAGUAAAUGCUGCGCUUAAUGGAAAAGCCGAUAAAGAGCACGUGCAUGAAGAAUUUCAAACAAUCAAGAUUAAAGAAAUUAAGGCAUGCAUCGAAAUAGUAACAAAAACAGGAAGAGACGGUGCAACUGUACAAGAACAAAGAAUUUAUCCUCCUACUUUUCCUAAUGGUUUAAUAACAAACAAUAUAAAUAUUGUAGAAGGCAAUAAAACUAUAAACGUUAAACAUGAACUUCUAACAAUGAAGGUCCAGAUUCUUGAAACCAUAUAUCCUAUAGGCUCUAUUUAUACGUCAAUGAACUCAACAAAUCCAGAAACAGUUUUAGGUUUUGGUACGUGGGAACAGAUUGUAGACAAAUUCUUAUACUGUGCUAACUCUUCAAAGCAAACAGGAGGUUCGAAGAAAAUUAAAGAAGCAAACCUUCCACCGCACACUCAUACAGGAACGACAAACUUUUCUGGCGACCAUAGCCACUCAUUAAGAGACCACCCAUUAUACAACUCAGAGUAUGAAGCUGGCCAUGACGUUUUAUCUCCAGCUUAUAACGAUUCAACAAAAAAGACUUUUCGACAAACUGAACCAGGAGGAAAUCAUGUCCAUACUUUCACAACAAAUCCAACAGGCUCGGGUGCAGAUUAUAUGCCACCAUUUAUGACUGUAUUCGCAUGGUAUAGAGUUCAUUGA